UGCUACGCACCUACCCGUAGCAUGCUACCGGUCCCGUACGUACGACCUGCUACCGGUCCCACAAACCUGCCUACUCAUGUGUCUGGCCUCGGACGGGAGAGGAGAGAUUAGGAGGACCUUGAGUCGGGACGACAUGAAUGAUGAGAGAGAGAGAGACUGUGUGAAGAACCGAGUCCUUGCGGACGACCAGGUGACUGGAUGAUGCGGAUGUGAAGGAAGAAAGGGAGAAAGGAGCAAGGAGGGAGGGAGCAGGGGAGGAAGGAGGGGAGAAAGAGAGGACAGGAUGGGUUGCCUGCCGGCGUCGGGAGGUGUAGGGUGGUUGGUUUUCAUCGGAAUCGUGUGGGGUGCGACCAAUCCGCUGAUCAAACGCGGAGCUAGGAUAUCGGAGGAACGACAGGCACGAAGAAGACAAAAGCAACUACAGCGAACGACCGGUAGUAGCAGCUCGACGACCGGUAGCCGCUGGCAGGAGGAGAAGAAGGAGGACGAUGAGCAGGAGGAGAGCGUAGAGAAGAGGAGGAGGGAGGAGGGUGAAGAGAGCAAAAGAGAGGGGAAGGAGAAGAAGAAGCAUACAGAAGACAAGACAGAGGAAGGGAAGAAGGGCGUUGUCUCGACUUUUGUCGGCUUCUGGGCUAAUCUGUUGUGUCAGUGGGAGUACUUGGUUCCAUUUGCGCUCAAUUUAUCGGGCUCUGUCUUCUUCUUCGCCGCGCUGGGAAACCACGUUUGUGUGCUUUAUGGCGUGCAUCAGCGCUGCUACUGAACUGGUCUGGGGCCUCCUUGUGCCCUUGCACAGAACUUCAAAUCUGUUUGGCACAGUGGUGGUUGUAAUCAGAAACAACGUC